UUGAGAAAAUAUUGAGCCCAAAAUAGUCAUUCUCUUGAAAGCCGUGGAAAGCUUUUAUGAAUGACUGUUUUCAGAAACUUUUGCUUAAUUUCGUGACAGCAAAAUACUCGUUUGAAAUCAAAACCGCGUGCUCGAAAUAGGUCGAUUACUCUUCGCGAUUGGUACAGAGUAAUCGAUAACUUAACAAUUGAUGAAUUUAAGAAAGACGUAAAGCCGGCAAAAUUUGUUUUCAUUUUUUUGAUUGUGUUUCAGUUAGUUUAAAAUCUAAAAAUACAGGCGUGUGUUUGGAGGCGAUAAUUCCCGUUUUGUACAAACUUGUCCCGGAUAUUUUUCUUGCUAGAUUUCAUUACUAAGAAAAAAUCGAACAAAAUGAUGAAAGCGGCGUGGAAAGUAGACAACAACGAAGAAGCUAUUUACAUAGAUGGUGAGGGAGAUGAAAAAGAUGAAGAAGGUAAUCACGUAUACAGUUAUUGGCAUAUUUUACCCGAUCUUAUUUUAGAAGAAGUUUUUUCAUAUUUGUCGAUUCGGGAACGCUAUUAUGCGUCAAUGGUUUGCCGUUCGUGGCACAGAGCCUUUUUUCUUCAGAAAGUUUGGUCUACGUUCACAAUGGAAGAUAAUACUUUAACUCGCCGAAAAUUCAAUUACUAUUACGGAUGGCAGCAUGUUUUGGAUCAUCUGCGCACACAAAUGUGCCUCAUAACAGUAGGAAGAAGCAUUCGACGCUUAGUAUUUGAACCCAUGAUGAAUUUUUAUAAUUUGUAUGAGUUUAUGAACAUGCUUUCGUUUUUUGCGGAGCGAAGAGACACAGAACGUCUUAUUGUAGGUCCAAAAAUCCGUGCCCUUAAGUUCACGUUUCCUUGUAACAUGGCUGAUCAAGAAGAACAUGCUCGCAUUUAUGGAACUGGUGGACGACUACUUGAAGCUUUGAAACGCUUAAUGGGAAACUUAAAAUCCCUUCGUUCUCUGCAACUAAUUGACUUAAUGCUAGAGCCUGUAGAAGCUCAACACUUACUUGAUGAAGUGUGUUCAUUGUGCUGCCUUACACUAGAAACAUUAGUGGUGAUAAACACAACAAAGUUGCCUUACCAGUUGUUGCAUGUGGGAGUAUUUCUUAAUUUACAGGUGCUUUAUAUUAGUCCACAGAACUUGGGUGAAGAUUUGCUGCAGUUACUUGGUAAUACUACAUUACGUCAUCUUCAUAUUGUUCAAAAUCGUUACACACCUGCAGAAGUGGGUUUGUUGAGAUCAUUGUCUGCUAGAGCAUGGCGCCAGUGUCGGAAGAGUAACCCUUAUCUCUGUGUUCAUUUUUCAAUGGAUGGUGUUCGUAAUCGUGAUGUUGUAUGGCAAGAUAAAGCUCCAGUCCGUUCUAUUGUAUAUGAUUCUCCACAUGUAAAGGUGGCCACACAGUCUAUCUUAACUACUGUAGAUUUAUAUCGAGGAGAUUUGUGGGUUUAUGCUCACAAAUCACUGCCACGUUUUCAUCAACCAAAAGCGUUCCAAGAGAGAGUGGAUAGUCUUCUUCUACUGCUGUGCCGUCAGUGCCCAUAUCUUCACACAUUGGUAUUGGCAACAUCUCCUGGGUGAAGAGUGUACUAACAUAGAGAUUGCUUUGACUUAAGAACCUUCCCAGAUGCAACAUGGCUUAGCUGCUCAUGUAUUUGUGAUGAGGUUUCAGCGUGCAUAUUGUAUUAGGAGGCAGUGCUCAGAAUAUUUAAGAAGAUAGUGUGAUCACAUUCAUUCUUAGAAAUCUACCUGCUGGAUCAUGCAUGUGGUCAUCAUUGCAACCACAAUGCUCACAGGCACGGUUGUGGUGUGUUUGAGCAUUUUGUUGGGGUGUGACUUUUUGAGUUUCUGGAGAUUUUUGAAAACAGAGAUGGUUCGUGAGAGAAUUUCAACAUCUACUGUUCUGCUUCUGGCUCACACUGCUCGCAAUUUGCGUUAUUUUUAUGUCCGGCGUAAUGCUGUGAUUUUGCGGUGUGACUGGCCAUGGAGUCCAGAGUGGUCUAAGGAUUUUUAUUUGUGGUUGAAGGCAGCAUCUCGUUCCUAUGAAAGUACUGAGAAAGAGGUAUCACAAAUAUUUAGGCGAUCUUGGAGUAUGUUAUCUGAUCAACAGUAUAAAAUGACAGAUAUUAAUUUACAUGAAUCAGUGUAUUGAACAUGGUUAGUCAACCACUGAAUUAUCUUUUCACUAACAUCAUGGUAGCCAUAAUUUACUGAAAAUAUCAGUGCCUUUUUAUAAAUACAGCUUUGAAAAGUGUAUUUAUUUUAAUGAGGCUGGCUUUCUCAAAAAUUGUUGUCUGAGAAUUCAGAUAACUUCACACUUAAGAAUUCAAAAUGUUUCUGAAAAAUUGUUAUGAAAAUAUUUGUUCCUUUAUUUUGUUGUUGUUGGACUGAGUUGAGAGUUCCUUUUAUUGAUUAAAUAAUCUUAAAUGUGUUUCUAGUGAUCAUUGGAGAUUUUGCAUGACUAUUUUGGGAUUAAAAUUGUGAUGAUAGAUGCCUGUGUUGCUUCUUUGUCUAAAUAUUCUUUACUCCUUGAAUUUACCACAUACAUUUUCUGAAAUACAAAUCUAUAAUUUGCCUUAAUCCAUUUGUACUGAUAACAUUCAGUUGUGACCUAUUAGGUAUAUAUUUUGAACUUAAAAACUUUUAAAUAAAUAUUUGUAUGUGCAGUAAGUGCAAAUAAGUAUGUGAAGUUCAGAUGAUUUUGAAUUUGUCAAGAGGGAAAAUGUUAAAAGUGA